AAUAAACAAAGUACGUGAGCAAAUGUGUGAGCCGCGUAGUGCUUGAAAUUAUUUGGUUUCAGGGAUAGAAAUGAUUGCUUGCGUGCUGCGAAAAAUUAUUUCUUCCAAUGGAGUGUAGACUGACUGUAUAGACGGUUUCAGUUUCGAGCAAAUUUACCCAUCGGGCUUUAUUGACCAAAUCCACGAUGGACGGAAUACUAUCCAAAGGAAGUCUUGCAACGUUGGCCACGGUUGCCACGGUGUUGCAGUUUUUAACCGGCACCGUGAUUUGCAACCGGUACAUAAGGAAGAAAUCUACUGGAGAUACAUCCGCAUUUCCCUUCAUUUCCGGAUUUCUAUCUUGUUUCAUGUGGCUAAAGUAUGGAGUUUUGACCGAAGAGAGCACAUUAAUUCUUGUGAAUUUCAUCGGCUCUGCAUUGUUCUUUUCGUACACCGUGGUAUUCUUUGUAUUCUCGGUGAACAAACGAGAAGUUGUUCGUCAAAUGAUGCUCAUAUUGUGCAUAAUAUUAAGCGCUACGAUUUAUACCUCCUUUGAGGUUGAUACGGAAAAAUCAGUCCGCAUCAUAGGUUUGCUCUGCUGCUGCCUAGCGGUCCUGUUUUUUGCAUCACCGUUAUCCACGCUGGCUCACGUUAUUCGAACGCAAAAUACCGACAGUCUUCCUUUUCCGAUUAUUGUAGCUUCCUUUUUUGUAUGUCUUCUAUGGACUGGUUACGGGGUACUUAUUGGUGAUCGGUUUAUUCAAGUUCCAAAUCUUUUAGGUGGUAUAUUAGCAGGUAUUCAGUUGACACUUUAUGUGAUAUAUCCGAAGCAGAAGACGCCUUCUAGUGGACCACGCUAUUCUCCGCUGGUAUCAGAAAAUCCGAUUUUGUAGUAUUAUGGUAGCGGGAUUAAGCUACAGGGCCAGUAGUGUGAUUACGUCUUGUACCAGUAUCGAAAUGUGUCAACUCCGAUGUUAAUAAAUUUUAUGAGCAUAACAUAAUUUAAAUUAGCUGUAUUUAUUCAC